AUGGGUGGAGGGGACGGCUCGGAGGAGGAGUCCGGCUGGGAGCGGUCGUCCACCUCUAGAGGGAUCAACACCGCCGCCGGCGUGGUCUCCGGCAGCUCCCUGGCCAACCCCCCCGGCAGCUCCUCGAGGGAGGGCUCCACCAGGAAGCCCACCAAGUUGGCGGCGGCGGAGGAGGUGGAUCAAUUGCCGGCGUCCUGCACUGACGAGCUCGACCGGCGGGUCGGCUACUCGGCGGAUCACCACCGUGGCCGCCGCCGUGGGAGCGGCGGCGAUGAGGAUGAGGACGGUGGCGAGGUCAGUCUGCGGGAGUGGCUGGACCGGCCGGAGAGGUCUGUGGACCUCCUGGAGUGCCUCCACAUAUUCCGGCAGGUGGUGGAGAUGGUGAGCCUCGCCCACUCCCAGGGCGUCGCCGUCGGCAAUGUCCGCCCCUCCUGCUUCAUCAUGUCUACCUUCAAUCGCGUCUCCUUCAUCGAGUCCGCUUCCUGCUCGAGCUCUGGUUCCGAUUCCUGCGGAAAUGGCGGGGGAUCGGAGGACAAGGACGACGACGACGACGGCGACGGCGGCAGCGGCGACCCAUGGUCCACCUCGCCGUCACGGCCAGCGGAGACAUCUCGAGAGGGCGGAUAUGAGCAGACCUCGGACACCAGCUGCUUGAGAUCCUGCUCGGCUCAUGGGGAAGGGACGGGCCGGAGGAAGGAGGACGACGACCGUGGGAAGGAAGGGAGGGAGGUGGGGGAGAGGAAGAAGAGCUUCCCAUUGAAGCGAAUCCUGCUCAUGGAGUACAACUGGUACACAAGCCCCGAAGAAUCUGCGGCCAGCUCGGGCUCAUUCGCAUCAGAUAUCUACAAACUGGGCGUCCUCCUCUUCGAGGUCAGCGUCUAAUUCCAAUCGUCCUCCCUCGUUUUUUUUUUCUUCCCAUUAUUGCAAUUUCAUUGCUGAUAUUGCCGAUAUGGUCUCUGCCCACAGCUGUUCUGCCCAACGGGCUCCUUCGACGAGAAGCUGAGGACCAUGUCCAACCUGAGACACCGAGUCCUCCCUCCACCUCUGCUGCUCAAAUGGCCCAAGGAAGCUUCCUUCUGCCUAUGGUUGUUGCAUCCUCAGCCCAACACUCGGCCGAAGCUGAGGUCAGCUCAAUAUCCUUCAUCUCUCUACCCAAUCCUUCACCGUAUCUCCUUCUAGCCCAUGAGGGAUCAACUUAAAAAGUCUAUGCUGCCAGAAAGCUUGUUUGACCGAUGCUGAAUGGGAUUAUUGAGCAACUGGAAAUCCGCGGGUAUUACAGUUUAUCACAUCUUCAAAACUUAGUUUAGAGGGCUUCUAGGCCCUAGAUUACAGGAGAUUGGAUGGAACAUUGCCAGGCAAUCUUCAUGAGGGUGUCAGUUCCAUAGACUUCCGAGGAUCUUGGGCGUGGGGGAUCAUACUGCAUCUUAUAAUGCGAUUUUUUUCUAAAAAAAGGGCGAUCAUGUCAGGCUAAUUUCUUUUUUAUAAAAAAGGAAAAAGGCGGGGGCUGUUUCUUAAUGUUCUGUGCUUGGGUGCUUAGCCGAAUAAAGGGUAUGUGCUUGGGGGACUGUAUCUGUAGAACAAAAUUAAAGAAAAGAUUGUAUUUUUCAUGAUUUUGCAGGUUUCUAGCUAUCUGGGCAUGCAAAUACUGGUUGGAAUCAAGAAUAUUUGAUCAGGGGAUCGUACUAUAUCUUAUCAGGCCAUUUUUUUAAUAGAAAAGUGUGGAUUUUGAUGAUUUUAUAUCAAUUUAUAUGAUAUCUUCUUUCAUCCAACUAUCAUCAUCAUCAUUAUCAUCAUCAUCAUCAUCAUGGGCAUUGAGCGGAUCUUAUGAAUGGAUAGUGGCCAUGAGAAGAAAUGGGUUUUUUGGCGCUAUGAUUAUAAGUCCGUUUCAUGUUGGAAAACCCUCUCAGUGAGGUGCUGCAGAGUGAGUUCCUCAACGAACCGAGAGAUAGCCUGGAAGAGCGGGAAGCUGCGAUCAAGCUGCGCGAAGAAAUCGAGGACCAGGAGCUGCUGCUGGAGUUCCUCCUGCGGCUGCAGCAGUGCAAGCAGGAAACCGCCGACAAGCUUCACGACAUGGUGUUCUGCCUGUCCUCCGACAUCGGGGAGAUCCUGAAGCAGCUGGAGAUCGUGAAGAAGAAGGACGGCGAAUUCUACUCGGACCUCGAGCACGAAGACCACUCCGCCGUGGAGAAGGACGACUCGGUCAACUCGGGGUCUCGCAAACGGGUCCGCUCGAGGGUGCGGACCCAUCACGAAGACGAGCGCAGCGAGCCUCUGAGCGACAGCAUGAGGUCGGAGUCGCAGCAGAAGAACCAGGAGGUCAUCUCCUCGAAGAGCUCUCGGCUGAUGAAGAACUUCAAGAAGCUGGAGGCCGCUUACUUCUCGACGAGGUGCAGGAUGACGAAGCCGGGGAGCAGGCACGGGAGCAGGAACAUCGCUACCGCUGGGAGGGGCCCUGCGGUGAACUCGGUGGAUAAUCUUCUGGCCUACAAGGAGGUUCAGAGUGAAACCAGACAGAGCGAAUGGAUCAGCCCAUUUCUGGAAGGCCUGCGCAAGUACCUGUCCUUCAGUAAGCUGAGAGUGAGGGCGGACCUGCGGCAGGGGGACCUGCUGAACUCCUCCAACCUCGUCUGCUCCCUGGGAUUCGAUCGAGACAGGGAGCUCUUCGCCACCGCCGGCGUGAACCGGAAGAUCAAGAUAUUCGAGUGCGACGUCGUCCUCAACGAGGAUAGGGACAUGCACUACCCGGUGGUGGAGAUGGUCAGCCGCUCGAAGCUCAGCAGCAUCUGCUGGAACGGCUACAUCAAGAGCCAGAUCGCCUCCAGCGACUUCGAGGGCGUCGUCCAGGUCCUUACUAGCCAACCCUUCUCUCUCUGCGUCUCUCUCCUGCCCGAAUCUCUCUCUCUCUCUCUCUCACUCACUCUUGAUCUGCAGGUAUGGGAUGUGACGAGGAGCAAGGUGUUUUUGGAGAUGCGGGAGCACGAACGGCGGGUGUGGUCAGUCGACUUCUCGCUCACGGAUCCCACGAAGCUGGCCAGCGGGAGCGACGACGGGACCGUGAAGCUGUGGAAUAUCAAUCAGGCAAUUCCACUUUUGCACUUGGUGUAUGUCGGCUUUGAAACUAAAUGCGCUGCAGCCCUCUCUCGUUGCCAUUUCUUCGAGCCACCUCCCUGCGCCGAGCUUGCCUCACGGGUUCUUCUUCUUCCUCCUGUUGCAGAACGGGAGCACAGGGACCAUCAAGACGAAGGCCAACGUCUGCUCGGUGCAGUUUCCGCCGGAUUCGGCGUGGUCGCUGGCUGUCGGAUCGGCGGACCACCGGAUCUACCUGUACGACCUGCGCAACGUGAGGGCACCGCUGUACACGCUGGUUGGCCACGCCAAGACAGUGAGCUACGUGAAGUUCGUUGACUCCUCCACUCUAGUCUCCGCCUCCACUGACAACUCCCUCAAGCUCUGGGAUCUCUCCGCCGCCUCAUCCAGGGUCCUUGACUCCCCCGUCCAGACCUUCGCCGGCCACACCAACGUCAAGGUCCCCCCCUCCCCUCUCUCUCUCUCUCUCUCUCUCUCUCUCUCUCUCUCUCUAACGCCGUCGGACUUCUUCCUCUCUCUAAUGUCAAGGAGCUAAGCUAGCUCUUGGGUUCCUUCUUCUGUUGCAGAAUUUCGUCGGCCUGUCGAUAUCUGAUGGGUACAUCGCCACCGGGUCUGAGACCAAUGAGGUAAUCUCUCUCUCUCUCUCUCUCUCUCUCUCUCUACCUCUCUCUUUCUCUCGUUGAGUAUAAUCGUGCCAAUGAAUGGGGGGCGAGCAGGUCUUCGUAUACCACAAGGCCUUCCCUAUGCCCGUGCUGUCGUUCAAGUUCAACAGCGCCGACCCGCUGUCGGGGCGGGAGAUCGACGACAGCGCCCAGUUCAUCUCCUGCGUCUGCUGGCGCGGCCAGAGCUCCACUCUGGUCGCCGCCAACUCCACCGGCAACAUCAAGCUUCUGGAGAUGAUCUGA